ACCAAACUAACGCGUGGAUGUAGCUGCAUACCAAACCUCCAGACUCCCUAUAUCCGAUCCUUUUUGGCGACUUGGGACGUUUCUGCGACUGGUCCCUGGGUCCCCUCUACUGAAUCUCACGAUACCCGAGCACCGUAUGAUGGCCACUGAGUCACCUCAGGAUCGAUCCAAUGAAGCUACCGUAACUUCUGACUCUAGUCCCGUUCUCAAGAUCGAUUCAGCCUCUCAAGAUGUCAGCUCCAACCAGCCGCAACUAAACAGCGAUGCUGGCAGCACUCCGACAGACGAAAUUGGGAACAAGCAAAUCUCUGAUAUUGUCGACGAUCUUGUGAACUCGGCGGAAGUGAGCAUUAGUGGAGGAUCUGACACUGAAGCGUCUCGGUCAAGGCUCAAGGAUGACGAGAAGGGCCAUGCCCGGACUUCCUCAACGGUCAAGAAGCCUACGUCUUUCAAAUCGGUGUCUGUAAACAAGACCUUCCUCGCAUCCAAAGGAGCCCCAUCUACCGGUCCCUCAAAACCAAGCGACAAACCUGCAACAGGUGCUGGCCUGUCUGCCGCACAAGGGACUGCAUCUACUGCGACACCCCGGCCCCGGCUGGUUGCCAAGUCUGGGAGUGGCUUGAUCGCAAAGACUUCGGCCAACGCAAAUGGGGGGAAAUCAGCACCGGCCCCUGACCCCAAUGCCGUGUGGAAUAAGAAUAGACCCGUCCCCCCUCCUGAGCCUAAGAAGUUCACCGACGAGGAGCUAAAGAAGUAUGGAAUCCACAUGGCUACUCGCCUGCAUCCUGACGAUGGCAAGGGCCAGUCAAACUGGGCAGACAUUGACGAUGAUGACGAUGACUGGGCACCGGAAACGAUUUCCUGGAAAGAUGGCACCAAGAUAGCCCUUCCCCAUGUUGAGGAACAUGCCACUCCACAGGCACCUAGUCUCCCGCAGCAACCUCCCGCAAAGGACACAGGGGGAUUCGAGAAGCCGCAGUCACCAGCACCUUUGCCAGCCACGGCAGCUGUGCCAAGCGUCUCUCCUUCUGUCAGGCCUAGUGUGCUUGGGUCUGGAAAGGGACUGAUCCUCAAGGGUGCCGCAGAGAAGCCAACCCUUGUCGCGAAACCUCCAGCACCUCCCACCCCUGUGAAAUCCCCCUGGGCACCGAUACCGAGGGUCGACAAGGCUGCCCCUGUCAUAGACCCUCACUUAACCCAGCCAGGAGCCAAAUAUGCCGGAAAGGAUGGACUGGGCUCAAAGAGCAUGACACCCCCACCGCCGAAGGAGAUUGCUGCAGACGACUUCAACCGUGCCACUUGGCGGGAUAGCCAUGGAGCUGGGAAUAGGGAACUUUUCAACUCACAAAGUGGUCGCUAUGAGCCUGUCAUGGACCGUCGAACAUCGAUACGAAGUGACCAGCACUCCAGGCAGCCAGCCCUCCUCCAACGAGGCUCUCAGCCUGAGCACCAGGGCCCUGCUGAGCCCUCGGCAGCAUUUCAGACAAGCCGUGUCAGUGAGCAGCAUGGACCAUAUGGCCGGCGUCGAGGAUCGUCGAAUGUUAGUGGCGGAAGUGGCAGUCUUCUUCGCCUCAAAGGCCAUGACCAACCCCUCCCCCCUCCGGAGGUGCUUAGCGCGCGGAGGGAGUCCUUUACCGCUGUCAGUGACAGUCCCGUCUCGCCCAGAAAUUUCUCACCUUCUGGCCUGCAAGGCGGACCUCGUCACCCCACCAACCAAAUUUGGCCACCUCACGUUUCGCCCGCUGCAAUCCACUCAGUCCCUCAUCAACCACCUCUAGCGGUCGAAAACAAAGCGGUACCCGCCGUGACCGAUCAGGACAUCGAAGAACAGAAAAGGUUGAUGCACGAGCGUCGUGAAUUGGCCAAGCAACGUCGACUCGAGGAGGAAGCCCGUGAAGAGGCUGCAAGGAAAGAGAGAAUUCGCCUCAAGCUCGAGGCCAUGGGUCCUGCCCCAGAAUCAAGGAGCGCUAGAAUGGCGGCAUCAAAAGAUGAACCUUCACCAGCCACCCAAAAACAGCCCGGCCAAGCUUCGGCUUCAUCUGAUGACCAAACCCAGCUCGAGACGCCCAGCCUCAUAGUCAAUCCUGACGGUAAAUUGGAGACGAGUACGAACGGUGUACCACCCCAAGGCCAGCCACAGGCUGGCGGCCCUCGAGAUACCGCGGAGAACCGGGGUCAGCCGCAAGGGACCACCCACGUGCACCCUUGGCCAAAUACGACUCCUCAGGCCGAUCGGUACCCAUCAUGGGGCCCUCAGAGCUCUGUUAAGAAUCUCUGGGCCUCUCCAAGCAAUGACCGGAGCCUCGGCAACGGAACAUUCAUCUCGGACCUUGGGCGAGUUGCAGAACACGCGCAAAUCCCUCCCGUUCCUGGCAAGUCAGGACCUGGCCCUAUCGCCCCGCCUACUGCCAAUAGAGGCGCGUUGAAGCCGCAGACGAAGCCCUCGUCCGCACCUCUAGCAACUCGACAGCCACCCAUCGGGCCUCCAGUUCAAAACCCUCGCCAAGAAGCCGAAGGUAAGCCGCGUGGCCUCGUGCAGAGCGCAUGGGCCGCCAGUGUUCGCGAAAGUGACGCGGCUUUGGAAAAUGAACUCCAGGCUCGACGAGACGAGGACCUUCGCAAGUUGGAAGCUGAAGGACGGUCUGUUAUCGACGCCCAGCCAAUCAUCAAAGACACAUGGCGCCCGACGAAACUGUCCGAAGACGGCAGACGAAUUCCUGAUGGGCCGAAACAGACACAGACAUUCCAGCACUCCAGAGGUGUCGCAUGGGGAACGUCGGCCGAAAGUGCUACAGCUCCGGCGCAGAAGCCAGCCUCGGACACCAGCCAGGCUCCUGGCUCCAACAGGCGGCCGCAGGGCGGCAUCGUGCCAAGUGAUGCGCCGUCGGGCCCCAUUCUUAGCACGGGUUCAGGCACUACGCCGCAGCAGGGCAGGGGUUCUCGCUUCUUCCCAUCGAGAGACGUCCGCCAAGAGUUGGGUGCAGGCUCGGACGGCCAACGACAGAAUUCCCCGUCCCCGCCGCCUCCCGAUAUGGAUGGCCACCCUGCAUUCGACGGAGAUGUUGCCCGACCACAUGUUUCCCUGCCGCGACCUCAACCAGUUGUUCGCUUGCCCCCUGCACCCGACGCCGCUGCAGGUCCUUCAACGUCGAAGCACGCGCCUUCCUUUGGCUGGGCCGCUCCGGCUCCGUACAGGGAACAUGAGACUGGGCAGCCCAUUUCGCCCAGCACGCCAAAUGCGCCACGGGGACCCCUCCACAACGGGGAGAACAAUUGGCAAGCCCGAAUUGACAGCCUUCUUGGCGGCCGCAAAGGGCCCCCGCCUACGAAGUCGCUUCCGGUCGAUUCGGCAAGCCGAAACUCGUUGGAGCACCAUCGACCCCAGAGUGCAGCCACUAUUUCGCUGCCCACUCCCAACGCGAAUACCCUUGCUUCCGAGGGUGAUGGGUUGCCUACCUCGAAGUGUAUGGCCGAGGAGUGCUUUGAAGAACAAGAGAUGGGGUCAUUGCCACCUAUCCGAUUGCCCAAAAAGGUUCCCGACACAGCUUGGCAGCCGUACCCUGCCCCGAAGCCGUUGCCAAAGAAAUUCGGGACCACGAUCCUCAGCAUCGAGCCGCUGACCUUCCCCAGCGACAUGUCGGGUGGCGGCACCGUACUUCGCGUCUUCCUCCCGGGCAUGAGCGAGACCAGGAACAUCACCGUUCCGUUCUCGAGAACUCGGAGCAACCCCCGCCGAGCCGUCCGGGGCAGUGGUGGUCGACAUUCUUCCCAACCUAACAGAGCUGGCAAGGCGAGGGAAGCAUCUUCCGCAUAUCCGAACGACCAGGGCGCAUCGUCGUCAUCUGCACCAGCACCAAGGGGAGGCGGGCGAGGCGGGGGAUAUCGGGGACGAGACAAUUGGUCCCGCAAUUCUUCGAAUCCGAUCCAGACCUAACCUACGUACCUACCUACUACGAGAGGAGGGAAGAUGUCGAAGAAGUCAAUGGGCAAACCCAUCGAACCGUGUUGAAAACUAAUCCGGAUAUUCCUAUCGACCUUUUUCGAUACCGGCACCUCCUCGACUCACCCAUUGUUCCGGCCGAGAUGGGUCGCCAUCAUCCUUUCGAACAACCUCUUGCUGCAAGCUACCUUAGUCCUGGCCGCAUUUCAUCUUGCAGUGGUUGGGUACUCCUCUGC